ACAACAACUCGCACGCAAUCUUUAGCAAGUAAUAAUAAUAAACAAAAUGCAAGCCAACUGGAUGCUUGGGCUCUCGCUGUCAUUGCUGGCACUCCUGGGCUGCGGUCGGGCAGCCAGCGUGGCUGUGCAGCUGCAGAGCCCCGCGUCGAAUGAGCUGAACGACACCCAGACUGAGCUGCGGCCGCUGUCGUGGCUGCGGAGCGCCCAGGACAUGUUCGCCAGCCCGGCGGGGCAUGUGGUCGUCCAGGUGGCCAAGGAGCUGCUGCACCGCUCCGCGGGCAACAGUCAAGUGCUCAGCUUGAACCUCACCAAUCUGCUGAUCAUAGUGCUGCUCAAGGUGCUCAUCUUCUCGGCCGGCCUGCUGGGAGCGGGCCAUUGGAGCGGCGUGGGCUAUGGCCAUGGCUAUGCGCGCUCCGCGUCGCGCAUCGACGGCACCUACGGCCUGGGCCUCAGCUCCGGCGAUGAUUAUCUCAUAAUGGGCUUUCUGGCCGCCCAGGGCGCCGGCCAAGACGACUGUCUGUAUGCCGCGGCCUGCGCCUGCCCCAACGCGGCCUACGAGUACGCCAAGGCGGGCCGAGCGCUGCUGGGCGCCAUCGAUGUCUUCCAGGGCGCACCACUGGAGAAGCCGCGCUACAACGACCUCAUCGUGCUAAUGGAGCGCGCCGCCUACGACGGCUAUCGGGGAGUCAGCUGCAACACCACCCAGUCCUGCGAUGGCCUCCUAUAGCCAGGUGGGCAGCCUGCCCCACCUCCAGCACCCAAGACACUAAUACUCCCGGUUCAAUUAUUGUAGUACAAAUCAAAUAUUUAUUUAAAUAGUGCUAUUGUAGUAUUGCUUUCGGCU